AUGGAUUACUUAACAAAAUUGAACCCCGAGGACCCUUCGAGUGCCACCAAAUCCACUCUCGGACUUUCGUACGAGUACCCCAUUAAGUACUACGACUUCCAUGUCUACUAUUUUGCCCACAAUAAAAAAUCAUUGUCAGAAUCGAACUUUUUGCGGGACAAAUUUCUAGCUGAGUUUACAAAAGAGGGCAAAGACGGAUCUGUUAUCGUCAAAAAGUUGCCCAACGACCAGAUCAUAGGGCCUCAUCCAACGCAGUUUUGGGAGGUUGACGUGUGCCGUCCCGAAAUAUUCAUCAGGGUUCUUAGUUGGUUUCAAUUGAACCACGGCAGCUUGAGUGUAUUAAUUCAUCCACAAUCUGGGGACGACCUCUUGGACCACACCAACAGGGCCCUUUGGUUGGGUGAUAAGUUGCCGCUUUUCACCGAUGUAUUUGAUCCAUUUCCACUGGGAAUUGCUGAGUAUGGAGUGAAGGGUGGCCGGCGUCUUACUCCAGAAGAGUUUGAAAGUUGA